GAACCUGAAGGGAAAGUAUUUAUAGCAAUAACCCUCUCAGGCAACUUCACUGAAGGAACACUCCAGAGGGACAGAAUCUUUAAAAACUUCACGCGGAAACGCCAACGGGCCAUGCGCAGGAGAGUUCACCAAGUCAACGGACACAAGUUUAUGGCAACUUACUUGCGGCAACCAACGUACUGCUCACACUGCCGGGAAUUUAUCUGGGGAGUAUUUGGAAAGCAGGGAUACCAGUGCCAAGUUUGCACAUGUGUUGUGCACAAGCGUUGUCACCAUCUCAUAGUUACAGCUUGCACAUGCCAGAAUAAUAAAAAGACGAUGGAUAUGAAGUUUUCUGAGCAGAGAUUUGGAAUCAACAUCCCACACAAGUUCAGAAUCCACAAUUACAAAGUGCCGACCUUCUGUGAUCACUGUGGAUCUCUCCUCUGGGGAAUCUUGCGACAAGGGCUUCAGUGUAAAAUGUGCAAAAUAAAUGUACAUAUUCGGUGCGAAUCCAAUGUAGCUCCAAACUGCGGGGUGAAUGCAGCAGAACUAGCCAAGACGUUGGCAUGUAUGGGACUCCAACCUGGAAAUAUCUCUCCAAAUGGGAAGUUAGUCUCCAGAUCAACGUUGAGACGCCAGAAAAAAGACAGCACAAAGGAUGGCAGUGGGAUGGUUGAAGUCUCAGCCAGUAGGCUUAAAAUUGAAGAUCUGAUAUUCAUCAGGGUGCUGGGAAAGGGCAGUUUUGGAAAGGUAAUGCUGGCUAAAACAAAAGAGACAGGAUAUCUGUAUGCCAUCAAAGUGCUGAAGAAAGAUGUCAUUCUUCAAGAUGACGAUGUGGAGUGUACCCUAACAGAGAAGCGGAUCCUGACUUUGGCAAGAAAUCAUCCUUUCCUCACUCAGCUUUUCUGCUGUUUUCAGACUGCUGAUCGCCUCUUCUUUGUUAUGGAGUUUGUGAAUGGAGGCGAUUUGAUGUUCCACAUCCAGAAAUCCCGUCGCUUUGAUGAAGUCCGAGCCCGGUUCUAUGCUGCAGAAAUCAUUUCAGCUCUCAUGUUCCUUCACGAGAGAGGCAUCAUUUACAGAGAUCUGAAACUGGAUAAUGUGCUGCUGGAUCAUGAGGGCCACUGCAAGCUGGCAGAUUUUGGAAUGUGCAAAGAAGGAAUCCAUGAUGGGAUCACCACCGCAACAUUCUGUGGAACCCCUGACUAUAUUGCUCCAGAGAUUUUGCAGGAGAUGCUUUAUGGUCCCGAGGUUGACUGGUGGGCGAUGGGGGUACUCCUGUAUGAGAUGCUUUGUGGCCAUGCUCCAUUUGAAGCGGAAAAUGAGGAUGACCUAUUUGAAGCUAUCCUCAAUGAUGAAAUUGCCUACCCAACAUGGCUUCAGGAAGAUGCAGUGACAAUCUUGAAAGCUUUCAUGACAAAGAAUCCUAAAAUGCGACUCGGUAAUACUGCCUUAGGGGGAGAGAAGGCCAUUCUCCUGCAUCCAUACUUUCAGGAACUGGAUUGGGACCUGCUAAAUCAACGCCAGAUUGAGCCACCGUUCCGACCUCGAAUCAAAUCAAAAGAAGAUGUGAGUAACUUUGACCCCGAAUUUUUAAAGGAAGAGCCAAUCUUGACUCCCAUUGAAGAUGGAAUACUAUCCAUGAUCAACCAAGAGGAAUUUAGAAACUUUUCUUAUACAGAUCCAGAAUUAGAGUCUUAGCUCCAUGUUGACUGGACUCUCUAUUCAGCAACAAAGAAGGAUUGGAAUACGGGAUUGCCCAGACAUUUGUUCAACUGGACCAUCCGACAGGCAGACUUAUACUAUGCAUCAGAGUAAAGAGGAGAAAAACGAAAGUGAGGAGCUUAGCAGGAACAAGUAAAUGAAUGAUGCACAAAAGAGGAAUGGGUAGAGCUUGUUAGCUCUGAAUGGCUACUGAAGUAACUUUGUAGGGAAUUUCUAGAAAGACAAAAUCAACUCUGAGCCAAAACGACCUUUUUUGCAGCACUGAUUUCCCACAAAAUAACUCGGUUUAACUACUUUCUGCAAUCAAGGAAGCAAAAAAGAGACUAGUUUGAACUGUAUUAGGGAAAGGUUACAUGUGCUACUACUUUGUUUAGAGGUUAUAGGUCCCGGUUUCCUCACAUUUGAGUGAGUACAUAUCUGUUAGAAACAUUUUGGAUCUCCAUUUACAAAUAUAUGUAAUUAUACACAUUGACAGGAAAGAAAGA